UACAUGACUGUCAUGUAGAUACUGGAUGAAGCCACUGUAAAAAGGAGAGAGGAUUCAGAAUAAGCCAGGGCUUUACAUCAACUACUCCAUUCAAACUUGGAAAUACUGUUCUUUAUUUACUGCAUUUUAAAAGAUGGAUUGGUAAGCAUGUAAGCUUUUACAAAUUAAUAAUUCCCUGCUUUCCUUAAAGUAAAAUUUUAAAGUGCAACAAGCACUGGAACAACCUGUAAAUUACUCAGAAGGGUGUAACCAGUCCCCAUAAUUGGCCCCACAUGCAGCAAGAAGUUAUCAGUUGUGACAGGAAGACCGUACAUCAAACUUAGACACGUAACUCUCAAACCUACAUGAUGAAAUCAGACUCACUGAAAACACCAAACACAGAAAACAGAAGUAGCUGCCGAAACUACCAAACACAGAAAACAGAAGCACUUUGAUUUUCCCUCCUCAAGACUGCCAAAUUAACCGACAUCCCUCUGACAAAUGUAUGUUUGUAUCAACAAACCAGACGAACCAGCUUUCAACCACCACACACACCUUCUGGAAGACUAAACACAGACAGCAGUGAAGCUGCGAUGCCUGGUCAUGUUGGAGGAGAGCAAGGAACAUGAGGAUGGGAGCGGUAACAUUAUCAAGUUUCACAACAAUGAAUUCUAUACUGCAAUUUUGGAUGAAGACUUGAGAUGUAUAGAAGACAUGUCAAAAAAGCAUGGGAGCAACUUUCUCAUCAAGAUUCAAGAUGGUGCACCCGGAGAAGUUUUCUGGAAGGGCCUUGCUAUCCUUCCCCUUCACCUGGCUGCCUCUUACAGAAGAGUAAAGAGCAUGCAGAGCCUGCUGUCAGCAGGGGCAGACCCUGAAAUGAGGGACCAGCUCGGUCGAACCACUCUGCACGUGGUGAUAACCUGUUGGCCAAGCAUCCUGACUACUUGGCCAAAACCAGGUUCCAAGGCCCAGGCUGCUAUGAUCGGCGUGUGUAGGCAGGCAGAGGCCUGUCUGCGGCUCCUCUGUGAGCACGGUGUUAAAGUCAAUGCAAAGGUGGAGGAAAACAGUCACCAGACAGCUCUCCACCUAUCAGUACGCUACAGGGCUCUGUCUGCUGUCCAAAUUCUGGCCAGCUAUGGUGCUGAUGUUAAUGCUGUGGACAGCAGUGGGAUGACGCCCCUGCAUAUGGCUGCUGGGAUCCUCCAUAAGGACAUUCUAGCCAGCUUGAUCAAGGAGGGAGCAGAUAUUAACGUGGGGGUGAAGCAGUCUGGGAACACUGCUCUGCACCUAUCUGCUGUGGCAAUGGCUAUGAAGACCACUAAAACCCUGGAGGACAACAUUAGCUGCAUCUCUGCGCUGCUUGAGCAGGGGGCCGAGGCCAACGCGGUGAACAAAGCUGGAUUGACACCUUUACAGGAGGCGUGCAGCAUGGGCAGCAAGGAGCUGGUGGACCUGCUGCUCAGGUACGGAGCCAACAUCAAUAAGCUGAGCAACGCAGGGGAGAACUGUCUGUUCCUGUUCCUGAACCACACGCCUAAUGUAAGGAACAGCUCUCUGCUGGUGAAACUCCUCAGUCUGACCUCCCCGCUCACAGUCUACAACCAGAGCGGCCACCUGCCCUCCACCUUGACGCUCCCAUGUUUCUUCAAACAGAGAGACCAGCUACUGAAACUCAUUCAGCAGCCAAAGAGGCUUCAGGAUAUUUGCAAGACUGACAUUUAUCUAAAACAUGUCCAAGACAAGAGAGAAGAGUUGAGAAGAAUCCUGCCUGAGAGGAUAUAUGACUUUGUAGUCAACUACUGGGAGAAUUUACACAUUUCCUUUCUGACAGAUAGUGAACAGGACUCUUUUAAUAACUUAUUUGAUAUUGCUCCGAUUUAACACCUGUGUGUCAAUGCAAACUGCAUGUGACUGUUUGCAUUAAGCUACAGAGACACCUUCAAUCUGAUGCCCUCAAACAUGUGCUGAUCAAAUAAAAUCUAUCAAAGCACUUUA